AUGGAGAGGUAUAUUCACGAUUCUGAGGUAGCAUGCAUUAUCCAUCCCUCUUCCUCUCCAGCUGGGGCGGGGUUCUUCUUCGUGGAGAAGAAGGAUGGUUUGCUGCGCCCCUGUAUAGACUAUCGGGGGUUGAUUGACAUCACGGUGAAGAAUCGUUAUCCUUUGCCAUUGAUGUCAUCUGCCUUCGAGCUAUUGCAGGGGGCAACCAUCUUUACGAAGUUGGACCUCUGCAAUGCGUAUCACCUAGUUCGGAUUAGGGAGGGGGACGGAUGGAAGACCGCCUUUAACACCCCUACGGGGCACUUUGAGUAUUUGGUCAUACCGUUUGGGCUUUCCAACUCCCCGGCGGUCUUCCAGGCACUCGUCAACGACGUGCUCAGAGACAUGGUCGACCGGUUUGUUUUUGUCUUCCUCGACGAUAUCCUGAUCUUCUCUCAGAACUAG